UACUAACUUUUGUGAUACACUGUAUGUAUUCUAUGUUGCAUGUUCGAUUCCUUUUAGGCUUUGCGCCUGUGAAUAGCGCAAAGACUUGUGGGUACACCUUCUGAGUGGUAACCGUCACUUUACAUAGUUGGUGAAUUAAUGAGCUGAAUGAGUGAACUAAGUGUGGAAAGAUAGGGUGCCCAAUAUUUCCACUGUCAAAUGCAUCAUGCCUAAUUGACUGCCAAUCCUCCACCGUGUGCUAUAAAUUGGCUCAUGCACAGGUGCUGUGCAGGUUGUUUGCCUUUUUGGCCCUUGAAGACACGAAACCUGCUGACAACCAGCUUUUGCGCGGAGCUGGCUCUGUUUGAGGUACUUUUACAUUUUUUGUGCCUGAUUGGGUUGAAUUGGUUAACCUUAUGUUGUUAUUGUGUUAGCAGUGAGCACCUGAAGUAAGGGGGGCGUUUGCCACUGCUGUUUAAUCAGGUUUCUUGUUUAGUCAAGUUCCCUUUUUCGCUGUGUUUAAUCAAGUUUCUUGUUUAGUCAAGUUCCCUUUUUCCCCGUGUUUAAUCAAGUUUCUCUGUUUAGUCAAGUUCCCUUUUAAUUCACUCAAAUCGUUUUAAAGAAUUUAACUGAACCGAACUUGGUAGUUAUUUUUUUUUUCUGCCUUUUUCUUGGUUGGGGGAUAUUUUCACUUGAGUUUGAGUUGUUUGCAGCAAGGGCGUAGGUUUCGUCUCAACAUUGGUAGGGUUGAUAUAACAGCAUAACCUGCAUGUACAUUUUUGCUGGGGACGGGACAUUAAUAAGACAAAACAGAUUAUAACUGAGGUUGGAGCUACAUUUAAUAAAGGGACUUGCACUCUGAAGCCACCACGUUGCAUUACCACAAUGCAAAUAAUGAUCCAAAUGAGGGAUGGCUAGCUCAACUUCGUUGUUCCUUGUGGAGGCUGGCCUGACCACAGUCAUUUUGCAGCUUUCAUUGUAAAGUUGAUGGAAGGAGAAGGAGGGUGGGAUGAUGGAGGAGGAAGAGGAUGCAGUGUGUAUGUGUGUAGGGAGGACCCUUUCACUCUUAAAGCUGCUGUGGUGGUGAUCAAGGCACACAUCUGCAACGUGGAGACGACAAGACACACAAAAAGCACACACACAGACACCUCUGGACGGACCUCCCUCUCCCUCUCGACACUGCAAGAACUCUGUUUCCCAACAUGCAACAUAAAGGUACAUUAGCCCUUCAUGAGGUGAGGAGAAUGGGCAGGUCUGACAGCUCCGUGGGCUUGGGUGCUCUUCUGCGGGCUUGGCUGCUCCUGGCUCUGCUGCUGGCUCCGGGAGCUUGGAGCUCCCUCACCGAAGAAGGGGAGGAGCUGCUGGUGGAGCUCCACAACCACUACAGAGGGCAGGUGUCCCCGACUGCCUCCGCCAUGCUGCCUCUGAAAUGGGACCCAACGUUGAAGGUGUUGGCUGAGGGCUAUGCUGCCAAGUGCAUCUGGAAUCAUAACCCCGACCUUGAGGACACAGGAGAGAACCUCUACGCCAGCACUGGAACCCUGGACCUGCGAGCAGCGAUGGAGAAGUGGUUCCUUGAACAUCUCAACUAUGACUUCCAAAACAACAGUUGUGAUGAAGACAAAAUGUGUGGACACUACACACAGAUGGUGUGGUCGGAUACACAUGCGGUGGGCUGUGCCGUCCACCAGUGUAGCACCAUGGAGGGUCUGGACUGGGAGAAGAUCUCUUUCCUGGUGUGCAACUACUACCCAGCGGGAAACUACGACAAUGAGCGUCCUUAUUCGCCAGGAGACUGGUGCUCCCGAUGUCCAGAAGAACUACAAACUUGUGAAAACAACCUUUGCGUUCCUGAAAAGGAUGUUGGAGAAGAGGUGGAAGAGGAGGAGGAGGAGGAGGAAGAGCGGGAAGAAGACGGUAUGAUUCUUCUGUCUGCUGCAACAACCGAGUCAUUCCACCAGGCGGACAUAACCAUGAGCAGUAGCACCACCCCUUGGCCACUGAGCCCCUCUCUUCACCCUCUCGUGACAGUCAAGCCUGACCUGCCUUUGGCUGAGCAGGAGGAGAAUAUUCUGGCUAUUCCUCCUUCAACAGCGGAGUCAUACCACCAAGUAGACACCAUCAGCAGUAGCAGCAGCAUUGCCACCACCACCACCACCACCAGCAGCAAAACCAUUCUUCCACUCCAGACCUCCGUUCCAGCCCAGCGGAAGGCCGCUGUGAAGAAAGAUUCGAAAGUGGGACAACAAGAAGUAUGGACCAAUGGCCUGCCAGUCAACAAAAUAUCUCGGGAAGACAGACCGUUCAUGACAAUUAGUGCCACGUCACCUUUAUCACCUCAACUCAUGCUUAUUCCUGUCCUCUGCUUUAUAUUCAUCAUCUUCAUUGCGCUGCCAUUGUAAAGAAAAGGAUGAUAUGCCUACACACUGAUGCAGACAUACAUGCACACACAUGAGAAAACAUUCCAUUCAGUUUGUUAAAGUACUCAUAAUGUAAAAGCAGGGGAAAUCAUUGAUUAUAUGACGAGUACACACAUUCAUUGGAUAUUAUUUUCAUUAAUUAUAAUACUUUGUAAUACGCAGCACAGUGGAGUGGUGGUGAGCCUACCUCGGUUGAGAGGUUCUCGAUUUGAAUAUUGGUUCAGGACCCACAUAAGUGAAGUUAUAUGAGGUUGCUAGGAACCCAAAUGACCGUCGAUGCAUGCCAGUGUGUCGAGACAUUGUGGCAGGGGUGAUAGGUUUGGGUGGGUGGAUCAAUUAAAAUGAUAGCUGCUAAAUGUAAUCAUGGUGUUCUUUUAAUGAAAAGUGGACUUACACACUAGGAGUCUCCUGCUGGAAUAAAAAAUUACAAACAGGAAAUAUUUUGAUAUUUUUAUGAAUUUUGCAUUUGACAAGCCUUCUUUGAGGUUUAUAAACAAGGAGCAUUUGUUUUUCCCCAGAAGGGGUUUUAUGUUUUUCUCUGCACUUUUAGGGGUUUAGAUCUGGGGAUAUCAUAAUAUUUUGUCAAUUGUGGGCCUGUGAAGCCCUUUGAUACAUUGUUGUAAUUAAGGGCUAAAUAAAUAACUUGAUUGACUUGACUGACUUCACCAGCACAAAGAUAUUUUUGCUAUCAUAGUAAAUAAAAACGGCAGCUAAUGUAUACACCAUUUAGCAGCUGAUAUCUAAAUUGUCUAAUGUUAUUUAAAUUGAUUAAAGCCAUUGAAUUAUUAACGGCAAGACUUUGAAGGAAGAAAGUUCAUUCUAAAAUUCUACGGGACAUAUGAAACUGUUCAAGCCAGAACACAAUGUUAUCAGCUGCAAAAGGGUGAAAAUAUGUUUUGGGACAUAUUUCCACACGUCCAUCA